GCAUAGGAUCUACUUGUUGAUGUAUGAAAUCGCGUUGAAGCAAAAAAUACCGGCUGUUUCGUUACUCUAUUGGGACUCAACCAUUGAGCAAAGUAUAGCAACACCUCAUUUGUCCAAUCUUUGGUCCCCUAUGUUCAUGGGAAACGGUAAUGGUGACGUUGUAGAAGGUCCCUUUGCAAACUGGGACGCAACAGAUGGGGGAAAACUUUCACGCACUGUUCAAACCUUUCCGAAUCAACUCACAACUCAAGCAGACAUAAUGGCGGUACUGUCUGGAACAACAUUUGCAGGAAUAUUUGGGUUGCUUGAGAGUAUACACAACAAAGUCCAUUCCUACGUUGGUGGACAAAUGGGGGACAUCGAUUUUUCGCCAAACGAUCCUCUUUUCUGGAUGCAUCACGCCUUUAUUGAUUGUAUUUGGGAAGAGUUUAGACAGAACAGUCAGACGACAAAUCUGGCCACUGAGUAUCCGACUGCUUUUGGACAACAUCAUCCACAAGCUUCGAUGCAGCCAUUUAGCAACCUUGCCUCCCCUGUACAAAAUAUAGAUGGUCUA